AUGAGUAAAGGAGAAGAAAAUGAAUUACCAAUAAUGAAAUAUAAAGAACAAAUUAUUAAAUGUGUUAAAGAAAAUCAAAUAACUAUAUUAUUAGGAGAUACUGGUUGUGGAAAAACUACUAUGGUAAGUCAAUUAUUAUAUGACAACUCUAUUCCUUGUGUUAAUCCUUCUAUUGUUACAACAAAUCCAAGAAAAAUAGGAGCAGAAAGUGUUGCAGAGAGAGUAGCAGCAUUGAGAAUGUGUGAAUUAGGAAAAGAAGUUGGGUAUAAAGUUCGAUUUGACAAUCAUACAUCAAAAGAAACAAAAUUAUAUUAUGUUACUGAUGGAGUGUUACUAACAGAAAUAUCAAAUGAUUUUGUUUUGAAGAAAUAUGAUAUUCUUAUUAUUGAUGAAGCACAUGAAAGAAGUAUUAAUACUGAUUUUCUCAUUGCUUAUUCUUCUAGAUUAAUUACUCAAAGAAAAGAUAUGAGGGUUAUCAUUUCUUCAGCAACAAUAAAUACAAAUCAACUUGAAGAAUAUUAUAAAAAAGUUGGAUGUUCAGUUGGUAGGAUUAAUGUUAUUGGAAAACCAUAUAAUGUAGAAAUGAAAUGGGGAGAAGGAAAACCAUCUUCUACUUUAAAUCAAGUAGUAGAUUGUAUUAUUUCUAUUCAUUGUAAACAAGAAAAAGGUGAUGUUUUAGUAUUUCUUCCUGGGUCUGAAGAAAUAGAGAAAUGUUGUUCACUUUUAGCUGAAAAAGCUACAGAAAUAACUGCAAAUUAUGAUUUAAUAAUAUUACCAUUAUAUUCAGCACUACCUCUUUACAAACAAAAGCGAGUAUUUUUUAAAACACCAGAACAUGCAAGAAAAAUUGUUAUUUCAACAAAUAUUGCUGAAACAUCUAUUACUGUACCUGGAAUAAAAUAUGUAAUUGAUCAAGGACUUGUUAAAGUGUUAAGAUCUUCAAAUGGAGCAGAAGGAUUAAGUCUUGAAACAAUUUCACGUGCUGAAGCUGUACAACGAGCAGGAAGAGCGGGAAGAACAUCAAAUGGAAUAUGUAUACGUUUAUACUCUGAAGAAGCAUUCAAUAACAUGAAAAAUGAAUCUACACCAGAAAUAACAAGAGUAAACCUUGAAGGUGUUGUCUUAAAAUUAAAGUAUUUAAAUAUUAGUUUAGAUGAAACAUUCUUUUUAGAAGAUCCUCCAAUUUAUUCUGUAGUUGAUGCACUAAAAGAAUUAUAUUGUAUUAAAGCUAUUGAUGAAAAUGGACAUAUUACUCAAUUAGGAAUAAUGAUAAGUAAAAUUCCUUUACCUCCAAGAGCUGCUGUUGUUUUGUAUUAUAGUUAUUUAGGUCAUUCAUUAGAAAUUAUUUCACCAGUAUUGGCAAUGCUAAACCAAGAGAGUCUUUUUACAAAAUCAUUUCAAAUGAAGUCAUAUUCACAUGAAGAUCUUAUUUCUCUCUUUAUCACUUAUCAAUUAAACAAAAAACGAAGUGAUGAAUGGUUACAUUCUAUUGGUAUCAAUCCUCAAAUGAUGAAAGCUUCAGAACAAGUCAGUGCACAACUCAUCCAAAUGGCAGAAGAAUGUUUUGGACAGAAUAAAACAUCAACAACAGAUACGUUUAGAGAUAUUAUGUUAAGGUCACCAAAAGAAAUAAAAAGGUCUAGAUCACAUUCUAGACACUCUCAUCACAGACACUACCAUUUCUCAUCUCACAACCCUUUUUCAGAAGAAGAAAAAGCAUCGCACUCAUUGACUAUUAAACAACGUCGAGAUGAUAGUAGAAUAGAAAUAAAACAAAAAAGUGAAAAAGAUGAAAUAAAUGAACUUUUAAUAAAAUUUAACACUAAACAAAUCAUUGAGUGUUUUUAUGAAGGAUAUUGGAGGAAUACGGCUAAAAGAACAAGUACUGGUCAAUACAAUAUUAAAAAUACUCAAAUAUUGGGUUAUAUUCAUCCAACAAGUUGUUGUUAUGAUAUUCAAGACGCUGAGUAUGUAUUUUAUAUUUCAUUGUCAUUUACUACAGCUAUCUUUCUUAGAUGGGUUAAUAGAGUAGAUGAACUAAUGGUAAAUAAUAAGUUCCUUAAACAAACACCAACUGACAUUAAACAACUUAUUGGAGAAAAGUUAAGUGAUAAACUACAAAAGGAAAAACAACUAAAAAUUACACCAAUAAGAGAAACUGCUCAUAUAAAUGUUAAAAGGAUGGAAGUAAAGAAAGCCACCUCAAACCAAAUAAGUGAAGCAAAGAAAAGAUAUUUUGAGAGAAAAAUGAAGAAAGAGAUAAAUUCUAAGUGA